AUGGGCGCUCCUGACGUUGCAGCGCAGCCGGGCGCGGGCUGGGACGAAGCGCAAUGCACAGCAGCACUCGCGCAACUGGAGCAGCUCCAGGCGCAGAUCAGCGACAUGCGCCUAGCCAUCCCCCGCAUCAUCGAGCCCUUCCACCGCCCUCGCAGUUCCGCGACGUAUAAACUCUACGCCGAUGGCGUACUCGGCUCUCAGAAGAACCUCGAUUCCCUCAAGAGCCAGUGGAAGUCACCUGAAUUACAGAGCACGUUCGAACACGUCAAGCAGAGCCUCGGCGCAAAUGCGGAUUUGUCAGAGAGCGUAUCGAUACCUUCUCAUGGCUGGGCGGAAAGAGCGCGGAAGGCGAAUGAGUCGACGAAAAGUCAAGGAGGAGAGAAUAAAGAGGACAGUGGUGCUAUUGUUACUGACGAGGAUAUGGAGAGGAUUGUGGUUGAGUUUAGGAAAGCGCAUCCGAAUCUCAAGGUCGAGACACAUGAUGAGGAUCGCAGCAUCCAGACACGCUUCGUCGCCGGGUCUCUCAUGCUGAAAUUCCGCGUUGGCAUCGAGCGCGACACGAACGGACGGCACAAACUCAACGCAGAGUGUUUGGGGACAACGGAGCCCUUUCUGGCUAUCACAAGAUGUAUUGCAUCACGGUCAAGUCCAGAUGACUUGAAGUAUCUGUUGGAUAUGAUUGCUGCGUACAAGACUGUGAAAGGAACGUCGUCGCUGGAACGACUGAUGCUCUUGAAACGGUUUGGGAAGCUUUUCAUGAAGGCUGCAUCUGAACAGGCUUCUCAAUGGGACGUUGUCCUAACGGAAGCGCCAAUUUCUCCCGAGUUCGUUCUCGACGGGACCUCCGUAUUCCCAUGGCAGAUGUUGACCAUCCUGCCACCAGGUACCGUGCACUUUUCGAACAGCUUCUGGAAAUACGUUGUACUCUCUGUUCUUGUAUGGUUCUGA